UGUCACCAGCUGAGUGUGUUUCACAUGCAGCGCCUCCAGGGCUCAGCGUGCACCGUGAGGACUAGACUAGUUUCUGCUAUGGACGUCUACCAGGAGGCUGUGCAUUAUCUGGAGUCACAACAUGUACCAGUGGAAGCAGAUACAGAUGUCUUGGAAGAGGAUGUUUUCCGGGAGGAGGCAGAGUCCUGUUUUCUUUCUCCUCUUACCACAGAGAGUAUAGACUUCCCCGACACCCCCAUAUCAUGCAGCCCGGAGGAGAUGUUAGAAAGAAGGCUUGUGGUCCUGAAAGGCAUCCUGGACAGUGAGGAGGUUUAUCUCAGGGAGCUGGAUACCCUGCUGAUGCCCAUGAAGGCUCUGAGGGCCUCAGCUGGGACCUCCCAGCCAGUUCUGUCCAGUCAGCAGGUCCAGACUGUUUUCUAUCAGGUGCCUGAGCUCCGAGACGUGCACCAAAGCUUUUACUCGGACCUGAAGGCCCGUCUGAGCACUCACUGCCAGGCUGAGGUCAGCUCUGGACAGGAAACAGGAAUGAGACACAAAGAUUUUGAGCUAAUGGUGGGGGACCUGUUUCUGAAAAUGGUGAACCAGAUCGGUCUGUACGGCGGUUUUAUUGAAAACUAUGAAAAGGCCGUUGAAGUUGUUAGGAAGUGCACACACUCUGAUCCUCGCUUCCGAACUCUGGCCCAGAGCAUGAUGUCCAACAACGGCGCAGACAAAGCUCGGACUCAAUACACAUUUGAAGCUCUACUGUAUAAGCCUUUGGACAGAGUAACCAGGACCACGUUAGUGCUGCGUGACCUACUGAAGACGACACCGGUGGAGCACAGAGAUUACGUACUCUUACAAGAAGCUCUGAGAUUGUCUCGCAGCUUCCUGUCUGGUGUCAAUGAGAGUUCACAGUGCAGACGGGAGGUCACGCUCAGUCACGGCAUGAGGCGUCAGCUGAUGCGUGACGGCUUUGUAGUGGAUAUGAGUGAUGGGGAACGCAGCCUGCGUCACCUCUUCCUUUACACUGAUCUACUUCUGUGCACCAGAUUCAAACAUGCAAGCAGAGGGAAGCAGGAUCAGUACAGGUUUUGCUGGUAUCUGCCUCUUGCUGGUCUCAGACUUCACUGGGUUGCAGACCAGGAGCGACCAUCUGACACAAACAUCCGCUUACACUCCAUAAGAACCAAAAUGUACCUCCUACACCAGCAGCUACGACAACAUGCGAAAGGUUCCAGGGGCUUGGCUAUGGCGGCUCGUAGCAGGAAGAAACUGGAACAGAUGGAGUUGAUGCAGCUCACACUCUCUCCUGUUUACAGACUGGAGCUGCACAGCCUCAGUGGCAAAAGUCACACUCUCCUCUUCUCCUCCCUGUAUGAAUUAGAAGAAUGGAGAGAAGCCAUCCACAAACUGACCACAGACAACAUAGAAACCGUCCCUCCAGACCUGCUCACUCUCACCAGUGCAUGUGCAAAACUGAGAAUGACCCAACAGCCGCCACUACAAACCACUAAUGCUGGAGAGAACGAGGAGUCGUUAUGUGGGACUUUGAGUGUGUCGAUUCAUUGCGCUUUUGGUUUACAUCAACCAACUUGUGUGUAUGUGUGUGUGGAAGUAGACGGCUACGAGUUUUACGAUAAACAGGCCCAGACACACUCUUCGGUCCACAGCCUCAACCCUCACUGGGACCAGGAGCUGUCUUUCCAGGUAGAUGGUGCACAGAACAUGAGUGUGCUAUGUGUGAGUCAGUCGGAUGGACAGAACGAUACAGUCCUGGGAAAAACUACUGUAAAGCUGGAGUCAAAAACCCUAAAUAAGCGAUGGAGAAGACAGACUCUACAGCUGGGCCAUGUGGAGGUGACUCUCUCCCUGAAAUACUGUCCCCACCCACUGGAACCUCCCAGCUCCACGGCUCAACAACCGCCUGUCUUCUGUGUUUCCAUUCAAAGUGUGGCGCAACAGCAGGGAGUGCUUGUUCCUCAUGUGGUGCGAUGCUGUGUGGAGGAGGUGGAGAGGAGAGGCUUGGAUGAGGUGGGAAUCUACAGGGUUUCGGGAACCACCAGCGAUAUCAGCAUGCUCAAGUCUGCGUUCAACAGCAAUCUGCGUGAGGCGGUCAGCAGGCUCAGAAGUGCCGAAGUGAACGCUGUUUCUGGUGUUCUCAAGCUCUACUUCAGAGAGCUGCCUGAACCUCUCAUACCCACUGAGCUGUUUCAGAGUCUGGCAAGAGCUCUGGACAUCCAGGACUUGAACUCACGGCUGGUGUCCAUGUUGUCCCUGCUGCAGUCCUGUCCUGACGCCAACCGCCACACCUUCCUCUACCUCUUGCAUCAUCUCCAACGAGUGUCAGAGAGGCAAGAUGUUAACAAGAUGUCUCUACUUAACCUGGCUACAGUAUUCGGCCCCAGCCUUGUGCGCCCUCCUGUGGCUGGACUGGGACACAACGGCCCCACUGUGGAUAUCUCUCAGGAGGUUGUGAUACAGGUCCAAGUGGUUUACUGUUACCUGCAGUGCAACAACCUCCCCGAAGCCCAGAUCUCUCUGCCACAUGACACAGAUGCUGAAGAUGAGACCACCCACAUGUGAGACCACCAUCUGUGCUGCGGCUGGCAGGAAAUUCAAAUAGAGUGUAGGACCAUGUGAGGGAGGACUGUAAGACAAUAAAGGUAUUUAUUGAUGAUAAAA